AUGGCAUUGCAUCUUCAAAUGAUCUUUCCAAUCAUCACUUUGGUUCUGGCAUUAAUUUUAUCAGGUAAUAAUACAUGCGAGGGUGCGAGAGUGUUCACCAUAGUGAACCAUUGCAAGGAGACACUAUGGCCAGCGGUGACACCAGGAGACAACUUCAACGGUGGAGGUUUCGUUCUAAAACCAGGCCAAUCCGCAGUCUUCACUGCGCCAGUUAGUUGGAGCGGUCGCAUUUGGGCUCGAACCGGUUGCAAGUUCGACCAAACCGGAACGGGCCAAUGCCAAACCGGUUCAUGUGGCACGACGCUGAAAUGUUCUGCCUCAGGGAAAACCCCUGCAUCACUAGCAGAAUUCACACUCGCACAAGUUGACUUCUACGACGUUAGCCUCGUUGACGGCUUCAACGUUCCCAUUUCCGUUAAGCCCAUCAACGGAAGGGGAAACUGUUCCACUGCGGGUUGUGACUCUGACCUCAGAACCAGUUGCCCCAAAGAACUCGCCGUUAAGGCUAACGGCAAGACCGUUGGGUGCCGUAGUGCUUGCGAUGUGUUUAAUGCUGAUGAGUAUUGCUGCAGAGGGGUUUAUGGUAACCCCGUUACCUGUAAACCCACCUUCUAUUCCAAGACGUUUAAGCAGGCUUGCCCAACUUCUUAUAGUUAUGCCUAUGAUGAUCCAACUAGUAUUUUCACCUGCGCAGGGACAGAUUAUGUCAUUGCUUUCUGCGCUUCCAGGAAGCAACAGGUGUGCACAUACCAUGACAACAAGCUUCAUUGCAGUGGAUCACAAGGCUUAAAAUCGUUGGUCGGAAGGUGGUGGAUCGUACUGAUAGCCGCGUUUUUAGUGUUCAGUUUGUGA